AUCGAUCCUCGAUCCAACCGUCCCUGCAUGUCUGUCCAAUCAGAACCCCCGCCUUUUCGCCGCCAAUUUGUACCAUCAACGUCCUCGUCUCCAUCGCAACUUACGCUGUAUAUACCACCGUUGACAUCCAGGCUUCAAUGAGCAUAUGAGCCAUGGCAUUCCGCUCGCCCACUCUCCGUCAUGUCCUCCGCCAGCCCCUCUCCAACCCACGCUUUUGCCAACGACGCUGGGCACAGGUCCAAGACGUCCGCUUCCUCGCAACCCACGACGCACAAGAGCGCAUCUUGGCCAAGUACAGGGAAAAGCUAGAGUCCAAAGCAAAGCAAGAGGGCGUCAAGGACAUCUCGGAGCUGAAAGAACGGCACAAGGACAAGAUCAAUGAGCUGCGACAACAAGCCAUUGUACCCGGGGCCACUGGGCCGCUGACACCGCCGCCGUCACCACAGGGUGCAUCGCCAUCAUCGCCGAGUUCAAAAGCACAAUCGCCCUGGCCCUCACCACCUCCCCCGCCAUCUCCCCAAUCACGCAAUGCGCCUCCCCCCGGCGUCAAAACACUAAACUCCUUCCUCGACCUGCCCAAGAUCCGCGAACUCCCCGAGAAGGAGAUCCAAGCACUGUGGCGGCUACGGCACGCAUCCAAUCCGCAGUCGAUACACUUCUCCGUUCCCGCGACGACAUUCCGCUCGUUGCUCGAAACCGCGAAACGCCACCCCUCAUUCGUUCUCCCCGUGCCACGCGAAAUUCCAAAGGAGAGCGCGGACGGUGUACCGGCCGAGGGGGAAACACAACAGGCUGCCGAACUGCAUUACCUGCAGUUUGCACACCCGCAUGUCGACACGACAACACUGCUCUUCACAUCGCUUGCCGAGUUUAAGCUAAGAGGCGAAUUCGCAAGCCCACACACCACCAUCACUUUCCACCAGGAACUAGCAGAUUCUCACAACCUCGUCCUGGGACAGGGCAUUGUCACAGAGGGGAACAAUGUCAGCGUCGACGACGCAAGGUGGCUGGUUAUGUGUAUGCAAAAGUUCUACGUUCAGAGCGAGGAGGGCAAAGGGAGAGAGGCGCUGUUGCACCAGUUUACGCGAGGGGAUAGCGGAUUCAAGGUGGAAAGACUGAUCGACGAGGCUGAGAAGAUCUUGUAAUAAAUAAAUAGAAGAGUUGUAUUAUGAACUGUCAGAUAGCUCAGGCUAGAUACCGCUACUACGUAUGUUUGUAUAUCCUCCAUUAGACAUAUCAUGACGUCCUGAAUAUAGAUAGCUUGUCCCAUCAGCUACUCGUACCACCAUACGUAGUCCCCGAAAGAAUGCUUAGACUACGACCUCGAAGUAGUCGGUGACCUUGGUCUGCUGGAAGAACCAGACCGAUGGAGCCGUGACCUCCCCGUAGUAGCGUCGAACUUGUCCCGGGAGGAGCAUGCCAGAAUCAAACGCCUUACGAUUCUCCUCAUAGUCAUCCUCAAUCGGAGGUCCACCGCCGUAGGGACCCACAUUUGCCUCCUCGUUCCCCUCUUCAGGUUCUUCAUCGUCA